AUGGCGCCAGAGAGUGGCGACUCUAUACGACACUACUCGCUGUAUUUUGAUAAGCUUGAAAAGUCACUAAGUUUCCUGCAACAACAAAUGGAGGAGGUCUUUCGGAGCCAGAAUGAAGAAGAAACAAAUAUGAUCCAGCUCAAGAAAAUGGCGGAGAGCCUGGAGCAGAACAUCGCGGCUGAGUUCACCACGUUGCACCAGUUCCUCAACGACGAAGAGGAACUGAUGAAAGGGAAGCUGAAAGAUGACGUGGAGAGGCUGACCAGGCUGCUCAGGGAGAACCUGCAAAGGAUUACUGAGAAGCGGGCUUCCAUUGAAUGCACCAUCCUGGAAAUCCAGCAAAGGCUCAAUGUCCAGGAGACAGCCUUCCUCGCGGAUGUGAAAUCUCUCAUCGAAAGGUCGUACGUGAAGUUUAAGAAACCAGCCGAGGUUCCUCUCAACCUGCUCCUUGGUGAAUUUGGCGGGCCCCUACAGCUCAUCGUGUGGAGGCGGAUGUUAAGUGUCAUCAGUCCAGUGCCGGCCGCGCUGACCCUGGAGCGGAACACGGCGCACCCGGAGCUGCUGAUCUCCGAGGACCUGCGGAGCGUGCGGCUGAGCGACACCUGGCAGGAGCUGCCCGACAACCCGGAGCGCUUCGACGACUGCGUGAGCGUGCUGUCGGCGCAGGGCUUCGCCUCGGGCCGCCACUACUGGCAGGUGGAGGUGGGCAGCAAGACCAUGUGGGACGUCGGCCUGGCCAAGGAGUCGGUCAGCCGCAAGGGCAACAUCAUCCUGUCGCCGGAGGACGGCUUUUGGACCAUCUGGCUGCGGAACGGCAACGAGUACGAGGCGCUGUCCACCCCGUCCGCCUUCCUAUCGCUGCGCUCCAAGCCCCACACCAUCGGUGUCUUCCUGGACUACGAGAAGGGGCAAGUGUCCUUCUACAACGCCGACGACAUGUCCGUCAUCUACACCUUCACCGACACCUUCCACGAGAAACUCUUCCCCUACUUCAGCCCCGGGGAGAGCGACGGGGGCAAGAAUGCGGAGCCCCUUACCCUCUGUGUGCUCCGGUUGUAGGGAGAACCUGCUUGGAGGGGGGGGGGGGAAAGGGGGCUAAAAAAUACCCCCCUUCAACCAACCACCCCCCCUCCCCCUUCCCGGACCAGCCGCGACCUUUAUAGUUUAUUCUGCACCUCCCUCACUCC